CGACAAGGUGUGGUUGUGCCCACUUUCGAAUUGCCAAGACAGAACUUCGGUCCGAAUGAAUAAGUAGACGAAAAUCGAUUUGUGUGUGUGUGGUGUGUUUUUUUUAAUUUUAUUUUUUUUUUACCACGGUUCAUGCCGUAACUGUUUACCGUGGAGAGAGCUAGUCUGUUUUUCCGUCAGCAAAGAGGACGAGCGGACGGUGAUCGAUGGUGAAGAUGAUGAAGAUGGCGAUGAUGAUCAACCCCUUGGCCCUUCCCAAAGGGCAGCACAAACUGUGCGAGCUGUGCCAGAAACCGGCGCACGUCCAGUGCACCAAGUGCCGUGUGACCUUCUACUGCAACGCAAGUCACCAGCAGGCCGACUGGGUGGGCAUCCACCAAAAGGUGUGCCAGCUGCUGGUCCCCCUGCGCACCGCCGUGCCCUUCCACGCCCUGCAGGUGGACAGGGACCACCACAGCGCCCAGAUUCGGCAGAGAAAGGAGCAGCUGAUCGAAAUCUCGCGGGCAACGGCUCAGAGGAAGCUGCUCGAGGGACUCCACAUGGAGGCGCUGCCCGCCGCCCAACUCUGUCUGCGCUCUGCCAGGGAGGUUUUCGGCUGCAGCGCCGUGGAGCUCGUCCCAGCCUACUUGCUCCUUGCGGAGAUCAACAUCGGUCUGGCCUACGUCGCUGAGGCCAAGGAGUACCUGACCCAGGCGGAGUGGACGGCGCUGAGGAGCCCGGGGUGUAGCCGUGCGGUUCGCCACCAGCUACAGCGCAACCUGGGACGGCUCUAUAUUGCCGAGGAGAACCUGGAGUGGGCGCUUUUCCACCUCGCCAACGACGUUUACUACGCCACGGAGGAGUUUGGCUUGGACAGUCCCAAGACGUGUGGGGGCUACUUACUAAUGGCAAACGUGUUUUUUAUUCAGGAGAAGACUGAUAUUGCCAUGUCCCUCUACACCAAGGUGGCAAGUACCUGGCAUGAUCACCUGUCCGAGGUUCUCGAGAGCCACGUGCACAGCUCUGCUGCGGUAGAGGAUCUUCUGGAUGAGAUCCGGUGGGUGGAAGCCGAGGGGACGCUACACUCCCUGCUGGAGGCCCAGAGGCAGAGCACCCAGGAGCAGCCCUAUCUCCUGGCGCUGGUGAGCCACGCCCUGGCCGUUCUGUGCCUCCUGGCCGGGGACCUCGCGCAGGCGCUGGAGUUUGGCAGGAAGGCCCUCUCGAACAGCCAACUGGUGCCAGACUGCAGCCUCGUGGAGCCAAUCCAAGGCUUCCUGCAGCUGGCGGAGCAAAGGUUGGGCGAACGAGACGGAUCUGGAGCGGGCGUCAUAACGGAUGCUGGCGACGAGCCAUCGCAGUAACCCAUGGCUCAGCUUCUUGCAAAACGACUGAAAUUCCUUAACACACGAAACCCAUACUUGGGUCCCUCUGAAUCAAACUCCCUUUUUAAUGCAUCUGUAGCUGUUGUGUUGAAGUCCUUGGAGCAGAAGACAAAACGGGGGACCUUGCACUGCGUUACUCUCCCUCCAUCAAUGAGAAGAAAGGCAGUUUGUACCUGACACUGCGGAUGGAAAUCAGCUGCAGCAUCAGAUCAAAUGAAAAAUAAACUGGUUAAACAAGCUCAUUAAACUUAUACAUUGAACCAAGUUACAUAUGCUGACUAUUGUUCCAGACCAUGCUGUACCGUUAUUUUAAGCAAAAGCAGAAAACUGGGGAAAUGCAACUAGUGAACCAGCUUUAAUAACAGAAGUCAUUUGAGAUAUGCAUGAACUACAUGUGUGACACUUGAGACUGUCGAACUUUUCGGAUGUUGUCUGAUCUUUAGCAUCGAGUGGUUUGGUGGUGGAAGAUGGGGGAAAGAAAUCACAAGUAACACAUACAACACCGAACAGGGUAGGAAACAGGGCUGUCAGACCAGCGCGGACGCAGAAGAACACUGAAGGCAAAAGCUAAAAGGGAAACGUAUCGCUGUGGCCCUUGAAGGCUCUUGUAGGUCAUUUCGGUCCUUGUAACACUUAAUGUCAUUAUCCUUAAGGGAAAGGUGAGCCUGAAAUGGGGUCAUGGCUGCUGUGCUUGACGGCACACGGAUAAGGGUCAUGACAGGCUGAGCGGUCGGCUUGCAUGCUUACAGUCACAUUAAGUUACCAGAAUGUUAAAAGUCACCCACAAAAGCGGAGCUUUCCAACAGCGUCUCUGCAUAUGGAGCGAAACAGGAAAUCAGCAGCCUUUUAGAAGCAUACACCAUAAAUAAUACUGAACCACUGGACAU